GGAUGGACCGUCUCCAGCUGAUCUCCGUCAUUACGACCUUCUUCGCCGCAAUAGAAGCGCAGCUGCUAGGUACCGUGACGCCUAGUAGCGAUCCCAAUGGGGUUACAGGUAUUAACCAAGCCUCUGCCGCGACACUUUCGAGUGCACUGGUGGUGCACAGCUUCGCAGCCAUGCUCUCCUUCGUCGCCGCCUUCUUUCUUGUGCGCUUCCGCGUGCAUGAGGCGAGCAAGCAAGAAGUCCAAGUGGAGAAACAGCUCGAGGCCGGACCUGCGCCAAGAUCAUCGGGAGACCAGAAGCCCAGGCAGGCGUCGCAGGCCCCCGCCCCUCCCCAGGUAUGGUCGUCGAACCCGCGGCUCGAGCAGGUCGGCCCCCUGCGCAGAGGGAAUCCGCCGACGCAUCUGCUCGAGAGCUUCCACACACUCUGCAUGGCGCUCUCCGUGAUCGGCUUCGUACUCGCGAUGGUCGGGAUCAUGUGCUACGUCUGGGCGUUGAUGCCCACGAGCUCUAUCGUACUGUCGACCGGCGUCAUCGGUCUGUCUAUCAUCGCCUCCGUUGUAGUAUUAUUCUUGCCACAUAACUUCUCGCUGCUCUCGCCCAGUCACGUUAUCGAACCUUCCUAACUACCCACUUGCACUCAUAUAACG